GUCUAGCAGAGUUUCAAUGUAAAUGGCGCCAAAGAAGGAGAAGGCUCCGCCUCCGGCUUCCAAGCCGGCGAAAUCUGGCGGAGGAAAGCAGAAGAAGAAGAAGAAGAAGAAGUGAAGCGAGGGGAAACAAAAGGAGAAGGUGAACAAUGCUGUUCUAUUUGAUCAGGCAAGCUAUGAUAAGAUGCUUACAGAAGUUCCCAAGUAUAUGAUUACACCUUCUGUGUUAUCUGAUAGAUUGAGGAUUAAUGGAUCAUUGGCUAGAAGGGCUAUCAAAGAUUUAAUGGCGAGGGGUUCAAUCAGGAUGGUUUCUGCACACUCUGCCCAGCAAAUUUAUACAAGAGCUACCAACACCUAAACAAUGUUCCAUUUUUCUUAGCUGUUUAUGAUGAUUAUUUGUAUUCUGUAAU